GGGUUCAUGUGGUUUAGCUUGACUCACUCACUCCCCGACAUGACGGUUCAACUGAGCUUUCUUCUCAUCUUCACUGGACUUACAGGAAUUCACAGCAUAACUAUAGUCAGUAAAGUGUCAGUGAGAGCUGGAGGUUCGAUCACCAUCCCUUGUCUCUAUGAGUCACAGUAUAUAAACCAUGUGAAAUACUUAUGUCAAGGAUAUUAUUGGGCCUUGUGUUCUUAUGCAGUUAACACAAACAAUCCAAGCAGUUCAGGAAAGUUUUCGAUUUCUGAUGACAAAGAACAAGGAGUCUUCACUGUGACUAUAAAUUAUCUGACUGAAGAGGAAACUGGUGAUUACUGGUGUGCUGUGGAGAAUAGUAAUGGAUACAUUUCCAGAACAUAUUUCCACCUGUCAGUAACAAAUAGUAAGAGCCACCUGUCAGCCGAAAGAGGCCCACCACAUCUUUAUGUGGAUGAACAGAUGAUGACAGGAUUCAGAGGAGAAGAAAUAACCAUCAAUUAUCACUAUCAUAACGCUGGAGAUAUAAAGUGGUGCAGGCUGGGCAGUUCCUGUGUGACAUGGCUGAAUGGAUCGUUAGAUAACUCAAGAGUCACCAUCAAUGCGAUUGAUUCCCAGGUUCUCACUGUGACUCUGAGCGGACUGAGGACAGAGAGCAGCGGCUGGUAUUUGUGCGUUAAAGGAGACUUACAGAUGCCGGUGCACAUAACUGUUACUGAGAAACCUACAACUACAACACGUCAUAGCACCCCUGAGCCUGUGAAGCAAACCACUGAGCCUGUGAAGCACACCACUGAGCCUGUGAAGCACACCACUAGUUCUGCAGACCAAGCACUUUCCACUGUUGAUGGCGAACAGCAAAGUUUUUCAGGGAACUUAAAGAGCUUUAUCAUCCCUUUGAGUUUGCUGAUCUUCAUUGUUAUGGUGGCCAUGUUUAUUUGGUUUAUGUUCAAAAAGCACAGACAGACCAAAGAAGAAUCCCCAGCCACAAUAAUUCUUGGUCUCGCUGAAGAGGAAGUAACAUACAGCGAUGUUAAACACAUGAGAAGAGCUUCAGAAAAGUGGUCAGAAGCUAAUAGAGAUGUGGACGUGAUGUACUACUCUGUGGUCGCUGUAGAACGUCAAACUAAACAAAGGAUUAAAGCGGAAGAAGAUGAUGUAACAUAAAGCAGGUUGGCUUAGCACAAGAGAAACCUGUGAAUGUUCCCCCUACCCUACAUCUAUGCUCAUCGCUGGAGGCUUUUUUGAGAUGACAGUCUUGCAACUUGCCGACAUCUGAUCUUUGGCUUUGCAGAAACCGCUUUCUUUUUUUUCCCCCCCUUCAUAUCUGUAGCGGCGAUCGCUCAUCAAAAAAGGCCACUCAUGGAGGUUAGCAGUCAGAGUUCCCAACGCGUGUUGUGGUGAAGGAUGAGGUCCACCAUGACGUAAUUUGUAAUGCUUUUAUUUAUUUGUCCACGGUUAAAAUUUUCUUUUAAGUCUCACGUAUCCAAAAUAUUGUUUAAAACAUAACGAUCACGCACACGCUCAGACACAAACAAUCACGGUCAACACGGUUGAAAAACGUGUGGCUUCCUCUCUAACCUCUCAUCCCAGCUGAUCACCUGUGCCCACAUAUAUAGGUUAAUUACCUCCCGUGCAGGUGCGCAGAUUGGAUGAUGACGCGUUCACACACACAUAGACAAACCCCGUGCACAACCCAAAGCACAUUUUCUCCAACAAUCUACUUAAGCUCAAGAGAUUUUAUGCAUUGACAAAAGCUUUCUACAAUCUUACAAAAUGACCAAGAUCCUGAACAUUCAGGAGGAACCAAACAAAUCUUACAGGUUGUUUAAUUAUGUUUGUUCAUUUACGUCUUGUAUUAUGUGUUUUUUUUGUUUAAUGUUUGAUGGAACAUGAAUUAUAAUGUUUAAAGUACAAAAUAAGUCAACUAAAAUAAACAUGAUAAUGCAAUAA